CUGGCUAAUCCCGAUGAACGACAAACCUUUAAACCAAUUGCUGCAAAGGAAUAUUCCCGUAGUAUCUUUAUUCUAGGGAACCAUAAAACAACCCAUUCGUGGCACGGAGAGGGACGUACAGCUAAUACAAUAAUCUGUGGCGAGAAUCCGCUCUCAAAUUGGCCUAGAUCGGGAACUGAGACAAUACUCAGCAUUUUUAUUUCUUUCACACACACACGCGUCCAAUCAAUAUUUUUAGUUUGCUAUGUCGUGACCGGAGUGUCACACGAUCCGUCGGCUACUGUCAGUCUCCGGCACCGAAACCUCAAUUCUCUCAUGGCGUUUGGAUAAUAUCGCGUUCCCCGACCGCUGCUGUGUGGAAUAUAAAAAUAAAUUAAAAAAAAAAGGGGGGGGGGGGGGGAGACUAGAGAGAGAGAGCGAGAGAGCGGAGGCUUCGUCGGGCUCGCUUCAGCACCUGGACAGCUCCCUCUCGCAGGGUUCCCCGCUGCGCUCGCCGGGGGAAACCCUCGGCUGAUAGGAGCAGAACCCGGAUCCAACAACCACCACCACCACCCCUCUUUCCUCCCCCUUUCCUCCCCCCUCAAGACACCUUCCAAAAAACCGGGAGAGAGGAGACCACAACGUGAAGGGGGGGAGGUCGCGAUUUUGGCGCAAUCUUGAACGACCCUAAUAGAUGCUAAUAUGAUCCCGACGAGCGGCGAUGUUUCUCGCGUUUGAGCCCCUUUGGCUUUGCGCUGAAAUCCGAGCGGCGCAAGUGGGAGCAGCGCGAGCAGCGGCCGUGCUCUUCCGAUGCAAAACAAAAAAAAGAAAAGAAGUGCUAAGGAUAGCUGCAGCCUACACACAGUGCGAGCCUGCUGCUGCUGCUGCUUCACUUUACUCUGAUCAUCGCCGAGGGAGACAUUACUAUCAGCGAGGGGGCAGCGGGAGGCACGAAUGCACCGCGAACGAUGUGAAUCUCACACAGGUUUGACAUGAAAGCGGCCUCUGUCAGGUGAACAGGUGUACUGCAUUCCUAAAACCACCAGAAGUGGAAACCUUGUGACAACCAUCUCCACAUCUCUCCUCUCCAUCAGCCAGCAUCAUGGCCAAUGCGGAUGACGUGGCCGGUCUGUCGGACUUAGAGAUCAUCUCCCAGCCAGUGGAGGAUGAGAACCAGUACUUGGCUCCUCCGGUCCAGCUGGUGAGUUUUGGCUACAGAGAUCUGCCCCUCGCAGCUCUUGACCUCUCGCUGGCCGGCUCGCAGCUCCUCUCCAACGCAGAUGAAGAUGAAAACAGGGAAGGGUCCAACUGGCUGAAGCCGUGCUGCGGUCGCCGGGUGGCCCUGUGGCAAGUGUGUCUGCUCAGUGCUGGCUUCAACUGCAUCCUGGUGGCCUGUGUCAUCCUGGUGGUGCUUUUUCUGUCUUUGGAGCUGCUGAUAGACACCAAACUCCUACAAUUUUCCAAUGCUUUCCAAUUUGCCAGCAUAAUCCACUGGAUCAGCCUUAUCAUCUUGUCACUCUUCUUUUCAGAGACUGUCUUCAGAAUUGUCGUGCUCGGGAUCUGGGACUACAUAGAGAACAAAGUCGAGGUGUUUGAUGGAGCUGUCAUUGUGCUGUCCCUGGCCCCCAUGGUGGCCUCCACGGUGGCCAACGGGCCCAGCAGCCCCUGGGAUGCCAUCAGCCUCAUCAUCACUCUGCGCAUCUGGAGAGUCAAGAGGAUCAUUGACGCUUAUGUGCUCCAAGUCAAAGUUGAGAUGGAAUUGGAGAUCCAGCAAUGUGAGAAGACCAAGGCUGUGAGAGAAGAGCAGCUGGAGCGUCUCACUCAGAUCUGCCAGGAACAGGCGUUUGAGAUCAGACAGCUGAGGGCCCAUCUGGCCCAACAGGACCUGGACCUUGCGGCAGAACGCGAAGCAGCCAUGCAGAUUCAUCAUGUAUGGGGCAAACAGGGCAGGAGCUUUCAGGUUGUGGAAGGCUUGACUCCCGGAGAAUCUGACGAUGAGGGCGGCCAGAGGAACCCCAGGGAGCCUCAUGUCACUGCAGAUCCAGUUGUGCGUGAUGACAUGAACAACUACAUCAGCCAAUACUACAGUGAAGCGAGCAGCGACGCUGGAGCUUCUGGCUUGGGUGCCCAGGCUAUCACCAGGGCAUCCAUCGACGUCCACCUCCCCAUCAACCUAAAUCCCAAUCAGCCAAACCCGAUGCUUGCGAUGGAGCGAGUGGGCAGCGUGGUAAGUGACGCCUCAACCAGCAUGUCGCGGUCCAGCGGCAGCCUUACAGCUCGCCCGCUCAGCCUGAGUAGCCACACCCCGGGUUCAUCCAUGACAGACUGCAGCAGCAGCACAGCUCAGGACCUCGGUCUGAGCUACAGCACCCACCGCUGCUGUCCUCCGUCCUACUCAGGCCAGGACGCCUGUAGAGACCCCGGCAUGGUGGUUCAGGAGCUACUCUUCUCCAUCUCUGAGGACUCCUGCCUUGCUCGAAAGGGCCUGGCAGUGGACCCUGUCAACCUCAAGCUUCCCAGCCCCACUGGCUCAGAAAGGGCCAGCCCCGAGCUGGACAAUAGAAUAAACCUCUUCAACUGCAGGAACCAAGAGGAGAGACGAGGCAGGGCAAGGGGUUGUGUGCUGUUGCAGACCAAGCCGCUGAUCCACCUGCAGAGCAGCACCACCGAGCCGUCCCUGGAGGAGAAGUACCGGCUCCUGGGACCAGCUGACACACCUCUGGGGAACUUACCUGAUACAUAGGCUGCAUAUACACAGAAACAGAAGUAUUAUCCUUUACUUUACUGCCUCCUUGUGUGGCAUCUACCUGAAGUUUGUGGCAGGUUAAAGCUUAUGAGAAGCACAUUAUAUUAUUAAUAUUUUUCUUUGAGCCAAAACUGAUGCUCCUUAACUUCACGUGUUCAAAAGUCGAAUAGUAGAAAUGAUAAUAGGAACUCAUAGGCCCUUUGCCAUAAUGUCCAAUCUCCCAUGUUCCUCAUUGAUGUUUUCUUUUUUUACAUCAGAAAUUCCCUGAUAUAGCACAACAACGACUGUAACAUCCCAGCUGGGGCCCCUGAUCAGGAAUUCUCACUUUGAAAAGGUCUGAAAAUGCUGUGCACUUUGAAAAUACACUGAACUUUAAAUGAAUCAAAACCAGCAAGGGGCCACUCAAAAACUUUAAGUCUGAACCGUGUCCUCUGUUCUUUGAAAUGUAAUAGUUGAAAGGAUUUUUUUCUAUUGCAUUUGUGUUGUUAUUUUGUUUCUCUCAAUUUGUAUGGAUCAACUUUCGGAUCAGGCAUGCUGUUCUUUGUCAAACAGCUACAGGGUACAUAAGACUGGCUUAACUAUACAAACAGCCAAUUUGUAUUUAACCUAUGCCUUUUUAUCACCCAUUUGUUUGAUUUGUAACAAUGGACCACCAUCAGUAGUUAUUAAAUAGCAUUUUUAUUUACUUGUUCAAAAAACGUUAGUAGGGUAUAUUUGUGUGGUUGAAAUGAAAAGUUAAGUAACUGGAUUCUUUACAUGAAACUGAGUGCUUGUAGCAUGAAAGACAUGUGCCCAAAAUGGCAAGCAAAUUCUUUGCACUUUAACGUUUACAGACACGUUUGUAAACUUGAUAUGGAGGAAGUUAUUGCCAAACGCAGGUGAUGUCAUUUGAAUGAAAAUAGCAAAAAUAAAAAUGAGUAUUUCCUUAA